AUGUCCAACUCUCUCCUUUGGCCUGUGAUAUUAAUCCAGGUCAGUCUGUUUAGCUGUGAAAGUCCCUUCAAGUUCUCCUGUUAUAUCGUCCUCUUCUAUUCACUCCUGACCUUUUAAGGCAUUAAGAUAUCAUUGGACCUGCAUAAGCUUCAUAUAUGACCACUCUCAAAAGUGUAUAAUUGAUAAAAAAAUAAAUAAUGAUAUCUAAAUAAUGCAUUAUGUGCCCACCUACCUGUUUAAUGUUAAAUUUUCACAUUUAGCCUUAAAUUUUUUUAUGAGGUGUUUGUUUUCAUUGCAAUCCAAACUUUCAAAAACUGAAAAAAAAAACAGCGCACAAUAUCAUCUGUCAUUGGAUAGAUUUGUAAAUUAAGCUCUUAGGACUAUAUAUAUAUAUACAUGUGUGUAUAUAUAUAUAUAUAUAUAUAUAUAUAUAUAUAAGUAAAUUAAAAAAAAAGUGAAAAUAUUAGAUUUUAUUGCACAUGUAUCUCAGCUGUUGCUCUCAAAGGUAUUUUGUGCUUUCAUCAGUCAUCUUUGUCUCCAAAACUGAUCAGGCUCCAAGAGGAGCUGAGGCUCAAAGAUGCCCUCCUGGAGUGGUGCAUCAGAACAAAGCAGGAAAAAGCCAAGGCCCAUGAGGACGCCCUGGACCUGCUGGCCAAAAAAGAGUUUAGGAAACUCAAGGAGGAGCUGAAGUUCAUAAAUGAACUUAUGGAAAAGGCAGCCGGAGAUGAGAAAGUCAUACUUGAGAGGUAUGAGGUUAAACUGAGUCAAAGAAAAAUGGAGGUGCAGAACCUCCAAGAGGAGCUGAAGCUCAAAGAGGAACUCCUGGAAAAAGCUGUUCAGAAAAGAUGGAAGAGAACCAAAGCCCACGUGGAAACUCUGGACCUGCUUGCCAAACUCCGAGAAGAACUUAAAGUCAAAGAUGAGUUCCACAUCAGAGCCGCUGAGAAGAAGUAG